AUGUCUCAAGACUCGAACAACUCAGUGGAAGCCUUUGUCAACGAUGUGUCGCCCGUGAACGACCAAGGUCAAAUCGUUUGCUACCAUCGUAUACUGGCGAAGCGUUUGGUCAGCCACACCCUCGCUAAUCCUGAACGAGCAUUCUUCACUUGCCCGAAGAAUAGCAGUGAUCCCGAGAAGUGCAAGUUCUUUAUUUGGGAGGACAACCAGACGCUUUGCUCUGUGUUGAAUUCCAAGAAACCAGCAGUUGGAAUGUCGACCUCAGUCACCCCACAACGACCCUCGCAAGUACAGCGGGCCCUCUUCUCGCGGACACCAACCCUUGCUGCCGCAGCUCUCCAGAAACGUCCCCGGACGCCAAGCCCGACGCCGAGCUCAAGUUGUCUAUCUGGACCCUUAGGCGCUGUGAAACACAGACGCGUCGACAAUACUAUCAGCAAUCGCGCAGGGUCGAACGGUCUCACACCAAGCACCAUACCUUCUCAGCGGACACAGCCUGUCCCCGAUAGCAAGGGAGCGGCGCAGAGCGACAGGAAGGCGGCUCGUCUGAAGAGCAUACAGGAUGCUCUCCUCGAUGUCCAGGCCACUCCUCGUGACCCCUCGCUCACAUCUUCCCGCGAUUUAUCGGUGCACAACGACGUCGAAGGGAUCUCUCAGUUUUCCUCCAACCAGAGCCUUUCUGAUGUUCCACGCCAUGCCGCCCCUCCUUCCCUGUCACAGAACAAACAGUAUCCGCACCUAUUCUCAAGACAUGCAGCGGACGCUCACUCCGAUGUCGGAACUUCCAUCGACACCGAGGACGAGAUGGAAGACAUGGAAUCAAAAGCGGUGCAGACUUCGCCCGUCGACGACGAGAGCUCCGUUAUCGAAGACUUCUGGAGCACGACCCCACCACGAAGCGUUAUAGGCUCUCCAGUAACCGUCGCCGACAUCGGAGCCGGACCCUCGCGCAUACAUCCCGACUGGUCGCCGAGGGUGCCGCGCGCCUCGGCCGCUGAGCGUGGCGCAUGGUCACCGGUCGCCCCGCAGACUCCUGGACGAGAGGGUACCUCGCGCACUUUUACUCCCGGUGGGAACGACGACGAUGCCCACCCCGGCAUGCUUCUGACUCCGCCGGGGAGUUCCCAGCCACACAUUGUCUCUGGGGCCGGGGCUGGGCCAUCGGCGUCGCAGCGAGGCAGGGCUCUUCUGCAAGAGAUGCUCGCGUCGCCUACUGCCUCGAAGGGCAAGGGCCCAGAGCUCCUGGACUCCGCCAGCAGGAUCCAGCAAUGGCAAUCAUUGCAGGAUGAUCCGAGCAUCCCAGAGUAUGUCGCGAAGCUCGAACGGAGGGAGAAGGCGGCGCAGAAGAGCGCAGAGAUCAAAGGGCGGAAGAUUUCACAACUAGAGGAAGAGCUGCAGCGGCUGAGGAACGAGAAACGUGCCUUGGAGGAGACCGUGGCGGCGCUGCAGAUGCGCCGCUGA